AUGGAGCACAAUAAUUCCCUAAGAAAAAGAAGAAAAGAAAUCCAGGAUUCUAAUGGUUUUCAUCUGGAUCAAAGCUUUGAUAAGAAACGGUUAAAUGCUAAUAUAAUAGAGCAGCCGUUGCCUACGCUUAAGUUGUUCGUCGGUUUGUUUUUCAUUAGGCUAGUGAAUGCAUUAACUAUAAAAACAUUCUUCCAAGCAGAUGAAUUUUAUCAAUGUUUGGAGCCUGCUUAUAACCUUGUAUUUGGAUCUGGUUAUAUAACAUGGGAAUGGGACGAAGCAAUACGUUCGUCAAUCCAUCCGUUGCUUUAUGCACUAGGCUAUAAGAUAGCUUCCUACAUUCCUCUUGGUAAUGGACCCAUAAUUGUGAUACCUAAAGUAAUAGGAGCUUUAAUUGCUUCUAUUGGGGAAGUUUAUUUGUAUAAAUUUUCUAAAAGGUUUACAAAGAAUGAAAAACUCGCUAAGUUGACAUUAAUUUUAUCCUUGUUAAAUCCAUUCAAUUGGUAUAUCAUUACUCGCUCGUUUUCAAAUAGCUUUGAAAUGGUUCUUACCACUGUCGCACUUACUUAUUGGCCAUGGGAUAAUUUAAUCAAUUACAAAGAUUUAUCUAUCAGUUGUCUAAUCGCAUUUGUUAGUUGUAUUGUUAGACCUACCAAUGGGAUUAUUUGGCUUUAUUUGGGCUUCAACUUCAUUCUUAGAAAUUACAAGCUCGAAAAGCAACCUUUCAAGUUAAUAAGGUUGAUUUUUAUUCUAGCUGUUGAAUUAGUAUUAAUAUUAUUGAUUAAUACUGGUUUGGACUACACGUUCUAUGGCAAAGUGACUUUUCCCUUGUACAACUUUGUUGAGUUUAAUGUAAUAAGAAAUUUAUCCAUGUUUUAUGGUGUUGCACCAUGGCAUUUUUACAUAUUUCAAGGAGUUCCUAUUAUCUUAAUGACUUAUUUGCCGUGGCUUCUUCAUUCAGCAAUAGUAUUAAAAAAAUAUAAGUCGCUUCUUGGCCAAAUAGCCAUAGUUAUGAUUGGUGUAUUUUCACUAAUUGACCAUAAAGAAAUAAGAUUCAUAUACCCAUUGCAGCCUAUAUUCAUUUUAAUGACUGCCUAUUCUAUUUAUGAAACUAAUCAGAAAUUCCAAAGAGUCUAUAAAUUUCUUGUCCCAAUCAUUAUCAUAUUAAACAUGGCGAUUGCAAUAUUCUUCACCCGAAUUCAUGAAAGGGGUGUAAUUGAUAUAGUACAGUAUCUUGGAACCCAUCCGGAAAUUGAAUCAUUCGGAUUCCUUACCCCAUGCCAUUCAACUCCAUGGCAGAGCCACAUAAACAAUCCUGAUUUAGUUAAUAAGUCUUGGUUUCUUACAUGUGAACCUCCAUUACAUUUAACUUCUAGAAAUCUUGAAGAAAUAAGGUCAUAUAGAGAUGAAUCAGAUCAGUUCUAUGAUAACCCGACCGAAUAUCUAAGAAAUCAUUUUCUGCUAUUUUCCGAAUCACGCAAUAUGGAUUCGAAGAAUUGGCCGUCUCGGUUGAUCAUAUUCCAACCAUUAGAAAAUUUCAUGAAUGACUUCUUGCGUGGUUCCAAUUACUUUGAAUGCGAAAGAUUUUUUAACAGCUAUUUUCAUUGGGACGAUAGGCGAAAAGGCGACAUCAUUGUAUAUUGCCAGACAUAG